AUGGCUUAUACAAAAGACAAGCUUCGCACCUUCUCCCCAAUCAUUUUAUUCCAUGAGCCUAGGUCAAUCGACCAAUGUAAUAUGGUCAUCGGAAAAGAUAACGAGCAUCAGAAAAACUUCAUCCUCUCCCACAAAAAAAAGGUUGAGGAAAUGAUGUCAAUAAACAGCCGUUUCUGGCUAACGGUUUCCGAGAAAUCACGAGAAUACGAAGAAAGGCUCAUAUUUGGUCGUGACCAAAUGAUCGAUCAUAGAUCAACACUGGCAACUCCAAAUCUUGCCAAUUCCAUUUACACGCACCAGGAUCCGCUUGAACCCACCCCCAAGCCAAAGCGGCGCCGGGGUAACCUCCCAAAAGCCACGACAGCCCUUCUCAAAGACUGGCUCGCGCAACAUCGCAAGCACCCCUACCCGACCGAAGAGGAGAAGGUCGGAUUGAGUCGUCAGACUCGAUUGAGCCUGCAGCAGAUAUCGAAUUGGUUCAUUAAUGCUCGCAGGCGUCAUUUGCCCCAUUUAUUGGAGGCAAAUGACUUCACCUCACAAAAUAAUGAGUUGGACAUAUUCCCCUACGAAGCUUCAGGGAAUUCCACAGACAGUGCAUCGGAUAAUGGCAAGCAACAUAUGCGACGCCACACCUGUACGAGGAUUCAAAAAACCGGCGGUGUAAGGAAGUCAUACUUGCGAG